AUGGUCAUCAAAGACCUCUCUACCAAAGAUAGGAACAAAAUAGUGCAGUUUCUUCUUGCAAAUUUGAAGAAUGGCAAACCUAGAUAUGGUGCCAUGAAGGAGGCUGCAGCCCUCUUCAACUCCUCCCAACGCACCGUCACUCGACUUUGGGCGGCUGCCAAGAAACAAAAGGAAAAAGGUGAUGAAAUAUUUUUAACAAGCCACAAACCAGGUGCUGCAAGAAGGAAAAGAGUUAGCGUCGAUAUAGAGCUAAUUCAAAGCCUAGAGCUACACAAAAGAUCAACUAUUAGACGACUUGCAGUGGGGAUAAAUAAAAGCAAAAGCACAGUUUGGAGGUGGGUAAACAAGGGGCUGAUCAGAGCUCAUUCAAGUGCUAUUAAGCUGGAUCUCAUAGCCCCAAAUAAGUUGAUGCGACUGUGUUUUUCAUUAGAGGCAUUGGAAUUUGAUCGCAUUAUGUUGGCAUUGAAGUUUAAUGCUAUGGACAACACCAUUCACAUAGAUGAAAAGUGGCCAAUAUUUUCAGAUUCGGGUGAAUGCCUAUUUGAUGGGAAGAUUGGAAUCUUCCCAUUAAUAGAACAAGUUCCUGCCAAGAGAAACAGCAAAAACAGACCAGUGGGCACUAUGGAAAUAAAGCCUAUACAGUCCGUGACCAAAGAGCUUCUACCAGCCAUAUUUGCGAAGUGGCCAAGAUUUGCAAGUAAAUUGAUCUACAUUCAGCAAGAUAAUGCGAAAUCCCAUAUUCUGGACUCAGAUCCUGAUUUUAGAGCUGCUGCCACAGCUCAUGGAUUCGACAUAAGAAUAGUUCAACAGCCACCAAACAGUCCGGACACAAAUGUGAACGACUUGGGAUGGUUUAGAGUUAUUCAAAUCAUACAAACUGAACAUGCAUGUUACAAUUGUGAUGAUCUUGUGAAGGCAGUUGAAAAUUCUUAUGCACAAUUGUCUCCUCAAACACUAAACAAGGUGUUUCUAAGUUUGCAAUCAUGUAUGGUGGAGAUAAUGAAGCAGAAAGGGCAUAAUGCAUACAAAAUCCCACACAUGGGGAAAGAUGCAUUAAUGAGAGCAAAUCAGCUGCCAAGAGAUUUGGAAGUGUCAAUGCGUUUGGUGGAAGAGUGCCUUAACUACUUGAAAGAAAAUGCACCUAUGCAUUUGGUGCAAGAGCUUCUUGACAAGUUGGGAUAUCCCUUUCCACAGCAAGGGCUUCUAAAUGACUUCCUACAGCUAGGAAUUUAG